GCCGCCGCGCCCGGGCGCGCGUCCCCAGCCGCCCCUCGCGCCCUUCCCAGCGCCUCAGCCCCGUCCCCCCCCGGAGCUCCCAGCCUCUCCCGCCGGCUCCUGGGCUCUCCGGAGGGGGCGGCGGGGCGGCGGCGACACGAGCUCUCCACAGCCCUGCCCGCGACCCUCCCCUCACGCCCGCUACGCUCUCCUCAGGGGGGCCUGGGUCUCCCCUCGGCCCUGCCCGCGACCCUCCCCUCAGGGGGGCUCGGGUCUCUCCCCUCAGCCCUGCCCGAGACGUCGCUCCCCUCAGCCCUGCCCGCGAUCCUCCCCUCAGCACUGCCCGAGACGCUCCCCUCAGGGGGGCCCGGGUCGGAGGCUCCCUCAGCCCUGCCCGCGACCCUCUCCUCAGCCCUAACCGGGUCGCUCCCCUCAGCCCUGCCCGCGACCCUCCCCGCGGCCCUGCCCGAGACGCUCCCCUCAGGGGGCCCCCGGGUCUCUCCCCUCAGCCCUGCCUGAGACGUCGCUCCCCUCAGCCCUGCCCGCGAUCCUUCCCUCAGCCCAGCCCGCGACCCUCCCCUCGGGCUGGUCCGGGUCGCGGCCGCGUUCGCUCGCCAUGUGACAGACCCGCGCGCCCACACGCAGCCCAACGGGUUCAAACGCGGCGCGGGCGGGGAGGAGCCGCGGCGUCUGCCCCCCAGAGGAGCUCGGAGCGUGGGGCCCGGCGGCGCCGAGCCCCCCAGUAGGAGGACGGCCGGGCUCGGGGCCCUGGCGGGAGAGCGGAGUCCGCUGUGAGGCCGUCGCCCGGCGCCCGCGGCACCUGAAGGUCUGCCCCCUCCACCCCCCCCACCCCCCCCCCCGCCGGCCGCAGACGUCGCCGGCGAGGACAGCCCGCGCCGGGGCCGCUCGCCAGGGGGCUCCGCCUCCCCUGCCAGCUGAGAUAGUUGAGUGCCUAUUAUGUGCCAGGCACUAUACCUAUGUGCAUAGGAAAACCCUUCUGGGUAAAACUCCAGUAUAUCAAUAUUGGUCAUCUCCAUUUGCUGAGAUAACAGGGGCAUCGAGCUAAUAUUCUUGUUACUAUCCAUUUGUAAAUACACUCAGUACAGGAUAAUUUGGUACAGUUUUUGACUGCAGAUAAUUUUUAACCAUGAUGCAUUUCAAAAGUGGACUCGAAUUAACUGAGUUGCAAAACAUGACAGUGCCUGAAGAUGAUAAUGUUAGCAACGACUCCAAUGAGUUCACUGAGGUAGAAAAUGGCCAGAUAAACAGCAAAUUUAUUUCUGAUCGUGAAAGUAGAAGGAGUCUCACCAACAGUCACCUGGAGAAAAAGAAAUGUGAUGAAUAUAUUCCAGGAACAACCUCCUUAGGCAUGUCUGUCUUCAACCUGAGCAACGCCAUCAUGGGCAGUGGAAUUCUAGGUCUGGCGUUUGCCCUAGCAAACACUGGAAUCCUACUUUUCCUGAUACUUUUGACUUCUGUGACACUGCUAUCGAUAUAUUCAAUAAACCUUCUGUUGAUCUGUUCAAAGGAAACAGGCUGCAUGGUUUAUGAAAAGCUGGGAGAACAGGUCUUUGGCACCACGGGGAAGCUGGUGAUCUUUGGAGCUACAUCUCUGCAGAACACUGGAGCAAUGCUGAGCUACCUCUUUAUAGUGAAAAAUGAACUGCCCUCAGCCAUAAAAUUCCUAAUGGAAAAGGAAGAAGCAUUUACAGCCUGGUACGUGGAUGGCCGUGUGCUGGUGGUGAUAGUUACCUUUGGCAUCAUCCUCCCUCUGUGUCUGCUAAAGAACUUAGGCUAUCUUGGCUAUACUAGUGGAUUUUCCUUGAGCUGUAUGGUUUUUUUCCUAAUAGUGGUUAUCUAUAAGAAAUUUCAAAUUUCAUGUGGUGUUCCAGCGUUAAAUGCAACAAUGAAUGCUAAUUUAACAAAUACUGAUAUGUGUACGCCAAAGUAUGUUACCUUCAAUUCAAAGACUGUGUAUGCUUUGCCAACUAUUGCAUUUGCGUUUGUCUGCCACCCGUCAGUGCUGCCAAUUUACAGUGAGCUUAAAGAUCGAUCACAGAAGAAGAUGCAAAUGGUUUCAAAUAUUUCCUUUUUCGCCAUGUUUGUUAUGUACUUCUUGACUGCCAUUUUUGGUUACUUGACUUUCUAUGAAACUGUGCAGUCAGACCUCCUACACAAGUACCAGAGCAGGGAUGACAUUCUCAUUUUGACUGUGCGGCUGGCUGUCAUUGUUGCUGUCAUCCUCACAGUGCCGGUGUUGUUUUUCACGGUUCGUUCAUCUUUAUUUGAACUGGCCAAGAAAACUAAGUUUAAUUUAUGCCGUCACGUCUUGGUUACCUUCAUACUCUUGGUUAUAAUCAACUUGUUAGUCAUCUUCAUACCCUCCAUGAAGGAUAUAUUUGGAGUCGUAGGAGUUACAUCUGCUAAUAUGCUUAUUUUCAUUCUUCCUUCCUCUCUGUAUUUAAAAAUCACAAACCAAGAUGGAGAUAAAGGAACUCAAAGGAUUUGGGCUGCUCUCUUCCUCGGUCUUGGGGUAUUGUUUUCGCUGAUCAGCAUUCCCUUGGUCAUCUAUGACUGGGCCUGCUCUUCCGGCAGCGAUGAAGGCCACUGAGAAAAGGAGACACUCUGGUCAUGCUGCUCAGUCCCUCACCACACAUCAGCAACCCCUCAUCACUUCCUUUGCAAGUUUAUAGAAGCAAACAGAAAUGACAAGAUAGAAGUUGGAAUACCACUUUGGCAGCAAAACAGAGGCCCAUUUGCAUAAUGUACAUUCAUGAUUUGGUAUCAUUUAAAGGAUUUUUAAAAAAAUUUUCAUACAAUCUUAUUUUCUGUUACUUUCCACAAUUAGUUUUCACAUUUUCUAGGGUUUUUUUUGUGGCCUCGUGGGUUCAAAACUUUUUUGUGGCCUCAUGGGCUCAAAACUUCACAACAUACAUAAUCGUCAAUCAUGUUUAUUUAUUAGGCAUCAGAUUUGGAAAUAGUUUUCCUACUGAUAUUUAGCUCACACUCUCUACCUUUCUAGAAGAGAAAAUUAUUUUGAAUUGUGUAUAUAUAUAUAUAUUUAUUUUGCUUUACAGAAAAAGAUGGUUUCGUAAAUAAUUUGCCUAUUUUGGUUAACAUAGCACACAGGAAUAAUCACUGGAAUGUCAGGGCAUGUGCCAUUGCUGGAUCAGAGUAUGCCCAAUAUUUGAGGUGGCUCUGAUCACCUGGCAGCUGGACUCCUGCAGUUCAGUGGCUGCACUAUCCUACAUGCCACUUUACACAGAGAGAUUCUCUGGCAAGUGUUCCCAACUGGGAAGAGAAAAGAAUGAGUUGUACCUUGGUGAAUAUAUUUAAUACACAUUUAUGUAAUAUAGCAAAUGUUUCCCUCCGGGCAAUUUGUGUCAAAGUUACUCUCAGUAUAACUCCAGUAGGAUAAAUUCACAGCAUCUUGGUACUAGGUUGAGAGGCAAGGGUACAACAUGCCUAAGAAAAUAACCCUCUGGUGCAGACAGCCUCAUUCAUACACCUGGAUUGUGGAAGGGAGAGAGCAUUUUAUUAAAUGAUAAACCCAGCAGUUUUUACUGAUGACUACCAGCUUUUGCACAGAGAAUAAUGUGUAUCUAACCAAGGAUGAUUUAAGACAAGUAAUUCCUGUUUUAUAUUGGGUACUUUGCGGGGGAGGGGGGUCUUUAAAAGACUUGUUUUAUAUCUAUAAAUUUAGGUUAUUACAAAUACAAGAAUUUUGUACUUAUAUAGCCUCAUUCCUAUUUUGUGUCUAUUACUCCAUCUUGGGCAGGGAAGGUGAGGACCAGCAGAGAGAUUUUGAGAGGAACUUGACGGGCGUCACUGUGUACCUUCCUUCCCCGACACGAGAUCUUGGCGCCUGUGCUCUUGUUCUUCUCCAGGGGCUGUUUAGCCCACACAGGAGGACAGUGUUGCCUCCUACUCCCUUCCUGCCCUUCCACCCUUGGGAGCAGAAGGAACUACACAGAGCCUGAGUGAGAAGAGGGCUGUAGGAAAGGGCAGCUGGGAAAGCAGUGGGAUAGGAGGAAACCCAGGAGCAUACCCCUGAGCAGAACCCUCACUGUGACUGGACUGUCCGUGUCACAAGGUAGGGAAUCUGUGAUCUCGUCCUUUUGAAACUCUACUUGGCUUUUAUCUGCAUGCGGAUUGAGUUUCUCAAACAUGUACGUUCAUGAGCACAGAUUUUCCCAGCCAGAGAUAAGGAGACUCUAACCACAGACUCUUGGGCGAGUUUCAGGGCACUUACCUCUUUAGUUAUGUUCCUCCCCUAGUAACUCCCCAUGUGUAACUCCCCAUGGGUCUCUAUUCCCUGGAAGCCGAAUGAACUGUCCCCUUCCUUCUUCCAACUAGUGUCCCGUGGGGAAGGCAGGCAUGGGAGCACUUUGUUACAAAUCCCGUGAGGAUGAAUAAAAGGUUAUCUCCUGCAUUUAUUGGUAGGAUCAUCACAGCUUUUAAUGUCAUGCUCCAGAAUUACAUCCACAUUAGGUCUGAGUUCAGGUAUUUCGAUACCUCGCCUGUUAAACCCACAGCCAUCGCUCUCCUUUCCAGAGGAGUCUUCCAUAGUAGAUGAGCAGGGAGAAACUGAGCAGAAGUUGGUCCUUGAGGCUUGACUAGAGCACUAAGGAAAUCGCUAGAUAGCGAGACAACCCUCCAUUUUAAAAACAAAUGUUUGUUUUCUUGUUGGUGUAUAACAAUUCAAUUUAUGCUUACAAGGUCAUUCUAGAAAAUCAUCACUAAAUCGUAGACGGUGUAGUGAUAUUUUUGGAACUCUGAAUUCUAUGUGUCAGCACAAGAAAUUUUUAUUAUCAUUGAAAAUAUAUUUAGAGGGGCACAUCGUUGUUGAAAUGUGUGAUAUGACAGAUUUUCAAAAUCUUUUUCUGUUUAUCUGAGCUUACUAUUGAUUGAAUAUAAUAGACCCUACUGUAAUUUGUCAAGUAUCACUGAGUAAUUAGAUCAUGUGUGUGGGAUUAGCUAUACAGUGUACUGCUCUUACUCUUGUUCAGAAUAGUGAACUGGUAGCCAAAAAAUACAUGUAUUGCAAAUACUAGGUAGAAUUUAAAGAACACAGUCAAGUUCUGUACAAGUUUUUUCUGCUCAAUUAGUAGACUAAACAAUAUUAUAUCUUAGCCAUGGGAGCAGCACGUUUUCCUUUGGUAGACAAGAGCUCAACUGUAGUGAACAUGACAGUUUUGUAUUUUGGAUUUAGAACUGUUCCCUAGCUUUUAUAAUAAACUAUGGUAAACCCCUAAUUAAUCUUAUUAAAAGUAGGGGUAGAAACAUGUGUACAAGAACGAAAUCUAGUCUUUUUAAGCAUGGACCAGUCCACAAUUUAUAAGCAAAUGAAAUCAUAAAACUGUAAGUUUUUACGGCUAUUUGUGACCUGUAACGUAUCUUCAUUUAGAAAGCAGAUUUUACGUGGUGGCUAGGCCCCCAGACUGUCUGUCUAGGCCAGAGUCCCGAGUCCAAUAAUUUAGCUGGUAUCAGAAAACACAAGAAAGUAUCUAACCACUAAAAGUAAUAUUGUUUUUAGCCGGUAUUUGUUCAGAGAUGUCAAGAAUAUGUCACUGCUAUUUAGCGGAAUUUGGACCGUCCACCCAGCUGCAAACUGUCCAGUGGAGGUAGGGAGGCACCACCGUGAGGUGACCAGUACAGGCUGCAGUAGGGUCUGCGGGAAAAUGGAAAAUGUAAACUCAAAGCCCCCUCCUGGCGGUAAGUGGGAGGAUGAGGAACCCAUUUUUGUGUUAGUUUUGGUUUGUUUUGCUUUUGUGGGGAGGGCCUGGGUACACAUCUGGCAGUGCUCAGGGCUUUCUCCUGGAAGUCUCUGAGCCAGGGAUUAGUCCCGGUGGAGCUCAGGGUCACGAUGCUGGGGACCAAACAGGGCGGGCUGCAUAAAACACAAGCACCGUAAGCCCUGCACUGUCUCCCCAGCCCCACCAAGGGCCUUUUAUGGUCGGGAAAUCCCGGGACAGCCCUGGUGAGCACCCUGUCUUCUUUCCCGAAGCCUCCCGUGGGCCUACUUCUAUUUUGGGCCCAUUUAUCUCUGUAGUUCACCUGCUUCCCUGGUGGCUGUAGAAAAGGGUGCUGCUGCAUGGCUUUUCCAUAUGCCAGCAGUUAAGCCAACACACAGCACUUUCAAUAGAUUUAUGCUAUGAGACGCUGUUGAGAAAAGCACCCCCAGAUAAAGUGGGAGCAUAUGCUGUCCAGGUGAGAGCACAGCAAGCUAGUGAAACCGGCUUCCAGGUAAUCAAGCUGCUUAGCACGUUUGGGAACUGCUAAGCCAGGAGGUCUCCUUUUUCCUCCCAAUUUACAGAGGAUGGCUCCUAGGACUCAGGGGGCCAAAGCGGGACCAGGUCUUAGGGAGGAAAGGGUCUUAGUAGUGGAGAUCUCGUGCUAAUUUUCCCUGCAGUGUGGCGCAGAGGCAAGCUGUUAAGGAAGGCCCUCUGCUUUCUGACGGCCUUUUGCAUGAGAUAUGAUGAAAACUGAAUUAAAUGAAGUGUUGGUUGUUUUGAGGGCACUCAAAAGAAAAUAUCCUUUGUAAAUGUGGCCUUAAAGGGAGCACAGCAUUCACUCCCAUCAAGAAUGAGAUCUGCAGCACGUUUGACCUGUGGUGCUCAUUCCUGUUCUCGUUUUAAACUGAAAGUCUGUACUGCAUAAAGAGAUACAAAUUUCUCUGAAGAAAAUGUGGCGCUCAGCUGCACCUUAGUAGCUCUGAGCUUGGAGUGCGUGCUUAGCUGGAGUGGGCCACAGCACAUUGAGUUGGGGUGCAGGCCAGGUCCCUGUCAUGGUCAGAUACUUGGUUGUCUGCCCUGCGCAAAAGCCACUAGUGUCCGUAGUUUAUCAGUGGCUUGAGGCUCUGAAAGACUUAAGUUUCAGGAAUAUAACUCCUCCGUUCCUUUAUGGUAAACUUAUAGCCACUUUCAAAAUAAAGAAGAUACAGACUUUGUCACUUAGCAAUGCUAGUAAUUUAUUUUCCUUAAGGAUGGCAGAGCUGAGAAUUCUUUAACAAUUCUAAAACACGCACAGUGAAUUACUGAUGGUGAUAUAAGGUUUUCAGGUACAAAUUGUGGGUUGGGUGGCUAACAACUGAAAAAUAUCAUUAACUCUAAGAGAGAAACUGCUUGAAAAUCAUGCAGAAUCCAUAAAGCUAGAUAUUAUCCUUUAGGGCUUUCUCAAAGGGAAGGCUGUGAAAUGGGCCCAUCUGUACACGGGCUUGAAUCUGUGUUGUUAAAAGGAAGAAUCUAUGCAGCUGAGGCUUAUUGUAAGAAAUACUUCAUUUGUAUAUAAAUAUAUUGUAAAUAAAUAGGAGGCUGUAUAUUUUUGCAGUUGUUAAUCCACACUGAAUUAGAAGUCCCUAGAAUCAGCAUAUCAAAAGUAAUUGUUUUCAUAGAUAGUGGUUUCAUUUGGGAAUUAGAGAAAUUUCCAGAUAGCAUAGUUCUCUCAAUGUAAACUUGGAACCUAAAAAUUUUACUUUGUUGUUUAGAAAGAGAAAUAUCAGAGAAAUAGUUCUGUUGAUUUCUUAUAUGGUAUUAGGAUAAAUUAUUUUAACAGUAGUGCUCUGACAAAUAAAUACAUAGACCCGAAUUAUUGUCAUAUAGUAAUAGUGCACCCAAUUGACAAUUGUUCUUUGGGUAAUAUUCUUUUAUUGUUAAUACUACUACCAUUACACAGUAUUUAUGAAAACAGAAGCUGAGGAAAAGAAUAUUGGAUUUUGUUUUUGCAAAACUCAAUUGUUGCAUUUCCCAGACUUCAGGAUCUUUGUAAGUGAAGGAAACAUGAAUAUUAACUGUUAGCACAAAUUGAUCAGAAAAGAAAUCUUAUUUUAAUCAAGAUUUGGAGACUUGCAUGUUUGCCUAUUAUUUUUAGUAUUGACUCCAACAUAGAAAGUCUUUAGUAAAUUUUUUCCCAAAAACACUUGGUACAAAAUUCACACUCUAUAGAGUCCAGUGUAUUUUAGACUUUAUCUGAGCCCAGUAUGUGUAGCACACCACCGUUUUAUUUGUGUAAAAACCUUGUACAUGAGUUUCAGAUAAGUUAUUUAAGUAAGUCACAAGUACAAAACUUUGCUAUUCAUAAUUAAUCAAGUUGGUUUUUUUAAGGAUAUGGUGUAAAUAAAGAAAUAAAAUAAGCUCUGUUCUAUAACUACUCUGUUAACAUAGUUUUUAAACAUUAAAAAUGUGAGCUUCAAAUAUUUAUGAAUUUUGUGUUACUUAUUUUGGAUGAAAUACUAAUAUGCAGGACGUUUGAAUACUGUUCACCCUCUUUAGGAUUGUAGGAGACAGAUAAAUACACACUGUCAGAGUCCUAGAACACUCUUAAGUUCACAAAAAAUUAUGUUUAAAUACUCAAACUUUUAAAAAUACUUCCAAUAGAAAUCCAACUGGGUUGAAACUUUUGUUCCUAUAUUUUUUAUAGUCAGAACAGCCUGAACAUAAUAAUUUUUAACUCAGGUUCAGUGAACCUGAAUGCCAAUUUCUGUGCUGUUUUAUAGAAGAGACUACCUACAUUACAGACACUGACAAAAUAGGGAAUUCCAUCAAUACUCCCAUUUCUCUGGGAACUCUUUGGGGAAACCUCCUUCAGCAUGACUUUUCCUUUGUCUGUAUUGGCUCCACCUCACGAUCCUGAGAAAGUUUUCUCUGACCAUGAGAAGUCACGGUUUGGCUUCACACUCCUUUCUGGAAGGGCAUUUUCAGGAGAGCCAGGGCCUUUUAUGGAGGAAGAGAAAAUAACAGAUUCUGAGGGUCAAUUUGAUGGCAUGAUUGGCUCUAGAAUUUUGAUAGAUACAGUGAUAUGAAGAACUAAAGCUGUACUCCCCACAAUGUUGUAAACACAUGAUAAAUCAAUAAAAUUUCAUUUAGGGAGAAAAAUUUAGUUUUGCAGUAAUUUGGAAAGUUCUGAUUUUUUUUCACCAUGGCUUCAUACGUAUUUGCUAAUGCAUAACUGUCUUGCGGUGGGUUGGUCUCCUCCUUCUUUAGGGGAUAAACUAGAGACUUAAUGGUAACUUUGCAGCUUAAGGGAGCUCUUUGCUUGCUAUCUAGAUUUAAAAUUCUGUUGUGCAUGGAUAGGACAGUCUGGAAAGAGGUAGAUCAAGUCCAAAUAAUUGGGCUAAUAUUUUGCAUGCUGAUAUAGGUAUCAUUCUUUAAUUUUUAUACUAAUGCAAAUUUGUAGUACAAUCUUCGUUGGUAGAAUCAGAACUUAAAAACAGCAAGUAUUUUAUCAAAACAUAUCUUAAAGCUAUAGCAUGAAGUAAUUUACACAGAUAGGAAAAUACAUAAAUCAUAUUUGGGAACAUAUAAAUGGCUCAAAAGACUGGAAAAAUCUCUCCCGGUGGUGGGAAAAUAAAGGUUACUCAAUAAAUAGUGAAAAGAAUGAUUAGUUUAAAAAAAAUUAAGAAAUGUUCCUAUGUUACUCCCAUAUCUAAAGAGAACAUAUGACUUAAACUCGUGGGUUUUAUUUUUUCACAAAGUUGAGUUUUGUUGGGGGAAGGGCUCGGGGCCCAUUGGCAGUGAUGGGGCUGUCCCAGCCUUGCCUAGGUGAGGUGUAGGGCUGGGCUCAACCUGGGAGUCGCACAAACAGCAUGCGUGCACCCUGCCCUUUGAGCCAUUUCUUAGAUCCAUAAGCAUAAAACUAUGACUCAGAUAAAGCAAUAGUGUAAAUUAUUUACCUCAUUAAUUAAGGAACAAGAUGUUUUGUAAAAAAUGGUUCAAAAAACUCUAAGGACAUACAAGCAAUCAAGAAUGCUAAGAAAGGGGGCAGGAGUGAUAGCACAGCAGGGAGGGCAUUAGCCUUGCACGCGGCUGACCCAGUUCGAUUCCCAGCAUGCUAUAUGGUCCCCCAAGCACCACCAGAGUAAUUCCUGAGUGCAUGAGCUAGGAGUGAUCCCUGUGCAUCACCGGGUGUGACCCAAAAAAAAAAAUGCUGAGAAGAUUUUGCUCAUAGAUGCAAGCUGGUUUCUCAACAGAAUUUUUUUGCUUCGCCGGACAAAAGCAUUUCUCUAUCUGUUUUCUUCAAUUUCCAUGCUUAUAAAAAGCUCAAACACAUACACACACACAAAGGAAAAUUUAUAUGGGAUCUGAUAACUGUGAAAGGGUGUCUAGUAUUACAUUGAUGCAAUCUGGUUUUGUUGUUUUGUUCCCCCUUUCAAAGUCUUCACAUUUUCCUUACAACUUCCCUUAUUAUGACCAUAAAAAUCCCAAAGAUUAUUCUUGGUCAUAAGAUGAUCCACUUCAUUAGAUUUUGCCUAAUUAUUUUCAUAACUGUUCCUUUUAUUUUAUUUUUUGGUUUUGGGGUCACACCCAGCAGUGCAUAGGGUUAUUUCUGGCUAUGCUGUCAGGAAUCAGCACUGGGGGUGCUCAGAGGACCCUAUGAAGUGCUGGGGAUCAAACCUGGAUCGAAUGCAUGAAAGGCAAGUACCUUAUCUGCUGUGCUAGCUCUCUGGCUCCCAUAACUGUAAUGAGUGUUAAGUAUAGAGAUUUCCUUGGAUUAUACACUGCAAGUCUAGAGCCAUGAGUAUUAAACUAGAGCCACAGAAUUAUAGUUGUAAAAGUUUAUUCUUCGCAAGCUCAAGACUAGGAAAGCUGGGGACUUCAUGAUGUUUUAUCAGCUUAUCUGUAAGUUUGGAUAAAUUUCUCUCUACCAUAGUUCUUCCAAAUUUGUUGUUUCCUACAAGGAUAUGACUAUUCUUCCCAAUAUAAGGCUGGUACUAGACUAAUUUUCUUUGGAUGAUUUUGUUGGCAUUGGUUCACUAAAUAAAAUCAACUUUUGUUCAUUA